AUGAUCACCGACGUCCAGUUAGCAGUUUUCUCGAACAUCCUAGGGGUGACGCUCUUCUUUUUGGUGGUUCUCUUCCACUACAUAAACGCCAACUACUCGAAAUGAUCCGUCGGCGAAAUGGAACGGCGAAGGCUACCAUAACCUCAAACAUGAAAACGCUAGCCGUGAAAAAGUUCACAGCUCGAUGAGCACCGCUCAAGAUCAUUAUUAAAAUUAUCAAUAUCUUUCAUACACAUACAACAUUCUCUUACGCAAUGAAACUCGUGACGAUUCCCGAAUAAAGAAAACUCAUUUCAUAUUUCG